AGGAUUUGCCCGCUCGCCAUUCUACAUUUACUCUGCCCUUGCCUUCCCUUUUCCCUCACAGUCGUUUCCCACCAGAAAGAAAAGCGCACACCCUUUGCUUCACCAUUUCAUCUUGUAACUAUUUCCUCUGUUAUAUAAAUAACAUUUAGCCGGACAGCUGGUGGUGCUUGCCCGCCUUCAUUUCCAUUCUUUUUUAGCCGCGAAGUAUCCGUUUCUAAUAUUCUACAUUUCCUGUAUACUUUUUAUUUUGCCUAAUACGUUUCCCCACCAUCUCCCACUCUUUUCAGAUUGCCGAAUGGUCGAGCCGUCUCUUGCUGGAAUAUUCACGAUACCAGAAGAUCUGACCAAUAUCAUCAACGGGCACGCAAAGCCAACUAGCAAUUUCUCCAGCAAUAUGCCAAUUCUUCCGACACACAACCCGUUCUCGUCGCUCCUCGGAGGACAGAAGGUGGAUAACCGCACAGCGUUCUCGCCCUACACCGGAUCGCUAUCCAAGUCGUCGCCUGUCCGGGCACCAGAGGCACCAGAGGCGCCUCCGAUGGGAAUGGGUGCGACCACCAGCAUCACGCUGCAUGUGCGGUAUGUGGCCAAGGACAUGUGGCGAAAGGUGACAUUUCCUCCUGGAAUCACAGUGACGCAGGCACGCGACAUCUGCAUGCUUCGGUUUAACAUCUGGCAGCAGACGAUGCUGGCAAACGAGGCAACUGGCGAGUUGAUAGGCGGUAGUGAUCAGCGGGCAUCGGUGGACGACAAGGGCAAGGCCGGCAGCGCCAUGGGGUUUGGGCAGCCGCAGAGUCAGACACAGUUCCGCGAGCAGUAUGGGCUAUUCUGGACGUCGGCAGGGCACUGGCUCGAGGCAAUGGAGAUGCUGAACACGUACCCGUUGCGCAAGGGAGAGGUACUAGAGCUCCAGCAUGUGGUGGACUUUAUCCCGCUGCAGCCGCACGAGUUCAAAUUCUCGUACGUCGAGGGCUACAUCCACUACCUGCAGUCGGACGGCGUUGCCAGCACGUGGCAGCUCAAGUGGGCAGUGUUCCGUAACCGCAUUCUGCGGCUGUACCGCAAGAAGGGCCAGGCUGAGGCGGAUGUGACCAUGGACUUGUCGCAUGGGUUCCGGCUCAGCGACCAGGACGGACACAGCUGGCCCAAGUCCAAAGACACGCCCAGCAUGGCGACGCUGGUCGACACGCUGAGCCAGAUCAAUAUUGCCGGCGACGGCGGAGUGCUGGUGGUGCAGCUGACGGUGGCCUCGUCGCAGGUCAACACAAAGCAGACGCAUUCGUUCCGCACGUGCACUGCGUUUGACUACGACAUGUGGCGGAAAUCGUUGCGCCACACGAUCUCGGGCGGGGCAGGUGGCGGUGGCGCGGGCGGCAUGGGCAUUGGCUGCAGCACAAGCGGUAGCGCCAGUAUCAGCGCCACAAGCAACAACAGCCACGUACCAGUAUCAAUGUCAUCAGAUUCGUCAAAUCCGCCCGGCCCCACGCUCCACAACAAUGUGAUGUCGCCACAGAGCCAGCGCCCGCCCACAGACCGCCACGAGGGCUAUGUCAACCGGAAGGCUCCUGACGGCUACGGGUUCCGGCGCCGCUACUGCGUGGUGCUGCCCACGGCACUUUACGGGUUUCUGCAGGCAGACGCCUCGGACGGCAUUCCGGACGAGAAGCUCAUUGACGUGUGUGAGUUUGCAAUAUCUCUGGAUCCAGCCUCAGUCACUGUCGAGGCUAUCUCGUGGAACGGCCGCUAUCUUUUGCGUGUGUUUGGCCCUGACUCGCAGGCACUGCGCGACCUCCCGCACGCGACGUCAAUGCCAGGGGCCGAUGAUUCUCGCAUCCAGUGCACUGACAUUCUGGCCACAGCCGCGCAGAAGGCAAUCGAGCAGUACGGCAGCACCUUCGGCUUGCUGCCAGACUCGCGUGAGCUCGUGCGUCUGAUGAUCGACGACCACGACGAGGGCCACAGGUGGGCCGUUGCCUUCAACAGCAUCGCAGGAGUCCAGAUCACCGGCCAGUCCCGCAUCAUCAUCGGCGCCCGCCGCACGCACUCGCUGACCGAGUCCCGAUCCCAUGUCAAUAUGCGGCCCGCUGAGCCGCCGGCGCCGCGCCGCAACACCGCACUGACCAUUGACGAAUGCGCUAGCAUCGCCUCCACCCCCAGCGUUGGCAAGCAGCAGUCACUGAGCGAGUUCAUGGUCAGCCAGGUCGAUGGCGGGGAGCCCAAAAGUGCUGAGCCGCCGGUCCCUGCCAAGCCGCUAAAGUGGGUGCCGCUGAGCAUCGACAAGUAUGUCAAGGAGGAUGAGGAGCAGCGGCGAAGACAGGUCUCGUCGGGCUACGAAUCGACCCUGGAUCUGCAGCACAACGCAUCGCUGAAGACUAAAAAAAGCAAUGUCAGCGGUGACGAGCACAACAGUGCUGCGUCGUCAUCGUCGGCUCGGCCGCCGGCUAGGUUCAACUGGUUCAAGCGCCGCGGGUCCACUUCUAGAUAGUCUUGCUCUUCUCUUAGCUCCCCAGUUAAAUGCACUACCAGUCCUGAAU